AUGAAUCCUUCUUGUGAACAACGCAAAAGAUCCAGCAAUUAUGAGUCUGAUGAUGAUGAAAUUCCCAUUAAAACAUCAAAAAAUGAAAAUACUCAAAGUAGUUUAGAAAAGAAGAUUCUUGAAUUGUAUUCAGAAGAUGAAAAUAGUGAUACAGAUACACAUCGAAUAUCAUCACCAACAUCUGAUAAUAAUAUUUCAAAUAAUGAUGAUGAAAGUGUUGAUUUAGAUUACAUAAGAAGUUUAGAUUUUGAUGAAUUAACUGAUAAUCAGAAGAAAUUUUUUUCACAAGAAGAAUUAGAAGAAAUGGAAAAAGAUUAUCAAAAAAGGUUAAUUUCUUCACUUCCUGUGUAUUAUGCUGGAAUAUCGGGAUGUCGUAGUGUUGAGGAAUACAAAACAUUAAAUCGUAUUCAAGAAGGUACAUUUGGUGUUGUAUUUAGGGCACAAUGUAAAAGAACAGAUGAAAUUGUUGCUAUGAAAAAAUUGAAAAUGGAUAAAGAAAAAGAUGGGUUUCCAAUAACAUCUAUAAGAGAAAUAAAUAUGCUUCUUAAAUGUGGUUCUCAUCCUAAUAUUGUAAAUGUUAAAGAAAUUGUUGUUGGUGAUAAUAUGGAUAGUAUUUAUAUGGUUAUGGAAUAUGUUGAACAUGAUAUGAAAAGUUUAUUAGAUUAUUUAGCGCAAAGAAAUAAACACUUUACAAUAUCUCAAGUUAAAUGUUUAAUGAAACAACUUUUAGCAGGUUUGGAGCAUUUACAUAGUGAAUGGAUUUUGCAUAGGGAUUUAAAAACUUCUAACUUACUAAUGAAUCAUCGUGGAAUUCUUAAAAUAGGCGAUUUUGGUUUGGCACGAGAGUAUGGAGAUCCACUGGAACGUUAUACUUCUAUUGUUGUUACAUUAUGGUAUCGAAGUCCUGAAUUGUUACUUGGAGUAAAGUAUUAUUCUACUGCAGUUGAUAUGUGGAGUACUGGAUGUAUAUUUGCUGAAUUUUUAACGUUAAAACCACUUUUUCCUGGACGUGGAGAAACAGAACAAAUUACAAAAAUUUAUGAUAUUUUAGGAACUCCAACAGAAAAAAUGUGGCCAGGAUAUUCAAAUUUACCUUUAGUUAAAAAAUGGUCUCUACCAAAUCGUUCAUAUAAUCAAUUAAAAUCAAGAAUAAAUGAAAAAAGUCUUACAGAAAAAGGAUAUAAAUUACUUAAUAAGUUUUUAACUUAUGAUCCAGAAAAACGUAUUACAGCAGAAGAAGCAUUAAAACAUGAAUGGUUUGAGGAGGCUCCUUAUGCUGUUAAUCCAGAUUGUAUGCCAACAUGGCCAGCUAAAAGUGAAUUAAGUCGUGUACCAAAAGGAUCACAUAAAAAACCACCAAAUGUAAAAAUUAAUAGAACAUCAGAGGAACUAGAAUUACUAAAAGGUCUAAAUGUGAAUCCAAAUAAUAUUAAAUCAAGUGGUUUUGCAUUACGUUUUGACGCACCAAAAUUUUAA